AUGCUGACGACAUCGUUAACUCAAGAAGAUGGAAUCUCUUCAAAUGAACGAGAGAAGAUUUCAAACGAAUUCACAGAAGGUGAUAACAAUUCCGACGAUGGCGAAGAACACAAACGUUUAGGAGGAUAUCCACCACUAAGAACUUUAGUUAGACUUAGUCCAGGCCCAUUAAUAUCUCAAAUAGUUAAUUCUCUAUACGGUGUUAUCGAUUCUAUGUGGGUAUCUAAAUUCAUUGGCGAGAUUGGUUUAACAGCUCUCUCAUUAGCUUACAUUCUUGACAAUUCGGCACUAUCUUUCGGAUUUUUUAUUGCUAUAGCUGCAUCAUCUCAAAUCUCCUACUUAUUUUCUAAAAAGCAAUAUGAAGUUGUUUCACAUUUAAGCGUUGACCUACUUAAAGUUUGCGUGAUUUUUGCAUUAAUUGUUCCAGCUGUACUAUUUCCAUGUGCAAGACCACUAUUCAAGUUUAUCGGUGGAACUGGAAAAGUAAAUGAUCUUGCAUUUGACUAUGCAAUACGACUACUAUCAUUAAACCUUGUUACAUGUUGUUAUCAUUGCGUUUGCGGCAUCCUACAAGCUGAAGGAAGAACUUGGCUCUAUGGAGGCGCUCAAAUUAUUUCAAUGCUCUUGAAUAUGGCAUUAUUCGAUCCAUUAUUACUUUGGUCCAUGAAGAGAACACUCGGAUCUUCCCUUGCCACAGAAAUUUCAAUGUUUAUUCCUGCAAGUAUUAUUUUGAUUGUAAUGUUUUGCGGAAAAUUCUCAACAAAACCAUCAAGGAAGUAUGUAUUCAAAUGUUUCUGUCCAGAGACAGGCGCAGCACUAAAAGCAGGCCUUUCUGCAUUUAUAAUGAACAUUUCGAUUUCAUUACCUUCGCUUAUUCUUCAGAAAUUCAUUGCAAUACGUGCAAAUAGAGUUGGAGAAUACGAUAUGAUUGUAGCUGCAUACAACGCUAUAUCCAGAAUUUACACAGUUUCAACAUGCGUUCCAAUAGCUAUAAAUGCAGCAUAUUUACCUGCAGCGUCAUAUGCAUUUGGUAAGAAAGAUUACAAAAGACUUCUUUGGCUGACAUUUCAUGCAGAAUGGAUGGCAAUGUUAUGGGGUUUCUCAUGUAUGGUUAUUAUUGUAACUCUGCCAAAACAAAUUUGUUCAAUAUGGAGUAAGGAUGAGCGUUUCCUUUAUUGGUGCAACGAAAUCGUUCCUCCGAGUUUUUAUAUCAAAUUUUUGACACCGACCAAAUUUAUAAUUGUUUCAUUACUUCAAGCUUCUCAGCAAACAGUUCUUGCAACAAUAACAAGCUUUGUUCUUGAGCUUGGACUUCUUCCAAUUGCUGCUUGUAUUUUCCAUUAUACAGGAGAUCCGAAAUCACCAAGAAGAAUAUUCUACGCAUACCCUGUAACUGAUGCUCUUUCAACUGUUUGCAGUCUUUUAGUUGCUCUCAAAACUUUUAUUAAUUUUUAUAGACAGGCUAAGAAACAAGAUGAAGGAACAUGCAAUAAGAGCGAUGAUUCUGGUCAACAAGAAUUGAAGGUUUUUAUGGUUUAA